AUUGCAUCCCCCUUUUCUACGUCACCACCACACCCUACUGCGCUCUCUCCCUCAGGAUUUGGUUGAAAUCUGAGAAGUUUAAUCGAUUAUGGGUCAGAUCCAAUACUCUGAGAAAUACUUCGAUGAUACGUUCGAGUACAGGCAUGUAGUUCUUCCGCCAGAAGUUGCGAAGCUGCUUCCGAAGAAUCGUCUUCUAUCUGAGACUGAAUGGCGUGCAAUUGGAGUGCAACAGAGUCGAGGAUGGGUGCACUAUGCGAUCCACCGACCUGAGCCACACAUCAUGCUGUUCAGAAGGACCCUGAACUACCAGCAGAACCAAGAGAACCAGGCUCAGGCUCACCAAACCCUUCUUGCCAAGUGAUCAUCUUGUCCUAUGUAUGAACCCACAUCUCAUUUCCUGUAGAAAUGAGCAAAAAUGAUACUGAUUGAUAAUGUGGUCUAUGAAAUCCUGUUUCAGAAUGUUGAAAGUUACUGUAAUCUGGUUUAUGAUCAUGCUUUCAGAAUGUUAAAAAGAGUUACUGUCUUGCUUAGUUGGUUCUCUUUGUUAUGGAGAAAUUACACUUGAAUACCUUGUUUCUUUGUCCUACUUUUGUGAUCUUCCUUUCU